AUGGAUGAGAUUUCCUAUGCUUGCUACAACAGCCAAGGAGAUUUGAGUAGUGUGGUUUCCUACAACUACACGCUGGGUAGUUUAUCUCUCUCCCACAAAAACAAGUUUAAUGUAGUAGGCUGUAACGCUUUAGCACUUCUGAGCACUGCAGUUGGAACGCAAAAUUACUCAACUGGAUGCGUGUCAACAUGUAACUCUCCAUUGACCGUAAAUGGAAACUGUAAGGGUGCAGGUUGCUGCAGGACAGAUGUCUCUGUCCCGUUUGAUAGCGAUUCAUUCCAUACUAGCCCUUUUCGUUUGGAGAACAUGACUUCUGUGCAUGACUUUAAUCCUUGCACAUAUGCCUUUCUCGCCGAAGAUGGUACUUUUCACUUCAAUGGUCUGGGAGAUCUUAAGAAUCUACGGAAUGUAACCAAGUUCCCUGUGUUACUGGAUUGGUCUAUUGGACACCAGACAUGCGACCAAGUUGGAAACAGAAGCAUAUGCGGUAUGAAGAACAGCGAAUGUUUCAACUCUCUUCCUAAAAAAGGGUAUAACUGCAAAUGUUUACAAGGUUAUGAAGGAAAUCCUUACCUUUCAAACGAACAUGGUUGCAAAGACAUCGAUGAGUGUACUACUAAUAGUACUAUCCAUAAACAUAACUGUUCGGAUCCUAGCACCUGUAGAAACAAGGAUGGAGGCUUCUAUUGUAAGUGCCGAUCUGGUUAUCGCUUAGAUACCACCACUAUGAGUUGCAUGCGUAGAGACUUUGGAUGGGCUACCAUUAUUCUUGGAACAAGCAUCGGUUUCUUGUCCAUCAUGCUUGUUGUUAGCUGUGUGAAACAGAGAAGGAAGCAACGGAAGACAACUGAGCUCCAGCAAAAAUUCUUCCAACAAAAUGGUGGCGGCAUGUUAGUAAAGAGACUCUCAGGAGUAGGGACAUCAAAUGCUAAUAUAAAAAUCUUCACUGAAGAAAGCAUGAAGGAGGCGACUAAUGGUUAUGAAGAAAGCAGAAUCUUGGGCCAGGGAGGCCAAGGAACUGUCUACAAAGGGGUGUUGCCUGACAACUCCAUAGUUGCUAUAAAGAAAGCUCGGCUUGGAGAUAGAGGCCAAGUAGAGCAGUUCAUCAACGAAGUGCUUGUGCUUUCACAAAUCAACCAUAGGAACGUUGUGAAGCUCUUGGGGUGCUGUCUAGAGACUGAAGUUCCCUUUCUGGUCUAUGAGUUCAUUAACAGUGGCACCCUUUCCGAUCACUUGCACGGUUCCUUGUUUGGUCCUUCUCUAACAUGGGAACAACGGCUAAGAAUAGCAGUGGAGAUAGCUGGAACUCUUGCAUAUCUUCACUCAUCUGCUUCAAUUCCAAUCAUCCACCGAGACAUCAAGACUACUAAUAUUCUCCUUGAUGAGAACUUAACUGCAAAGGUAGCUGACUUUGGUGCUUCAAGGCUGAUACCGAUGGACAAAGAGCAGCUCACAACCUUGGUGCAAGGAACUCUAGGCUACUUAGACCCUGAAUACUACAACACAGGGUUGUUGAAUGAAAAGAGUGAUGUCUACAGCUUUGGGGUCGUCCUCAUGGAACUGCUCUCAGGUCAAAAGGCAUUGUGCUUUGAAAAGCCACUGCAGUCAAAACAUCUGGUGAGUUACUUUGCUUCUGCCGUGAAGGAGAAUAGGGUAUACGAGGUUAUUGAUGGGAAAGUGAUGACCGAGGAUAACAAGAGGGAGAUCAAGGAAGUUGCAAGAAUUGCUGUUGAGUGUACAAGACUGAUGGGAGAAGAAAGACCAAAGAUGAAGGAAGUAGCUUCAGAGCUUGAGGGCUUGAGAGUCACAAAAGACAAACAUAAGUGGUCUGAUCAAUACCCUGAGGAGACUGAGCACUUGGUCGGUGUUCAUAUCACAUCGGCGCAAGGGGUAGUAGUACCAUUGGCUAUGAUAGCAUCAAGAAUUUAGCAACGUUACACACUGAACCUGAAUGCUGAUAUUUAUUAGUCAAAACUCUAUCAAAAACAUAUCUAAGUCCAGUUGGUGAGGGCUGUCCUAUCUAUCUCUCUGCUGUCCGACUUUGUCAUCAACGCAUUCAAGAUUCUUCUUGUUUUCGCUGUCAUCUUCCUUUGAAAAAUUAUCCCUUUCAUCUUCUGUUGUUGUAGUUUAUGAUUUCUAUUAAAAAGGAUGGAUAAUUGUCACUAGAUAUUGUAUUCGAAUAAAUUGAAGUUCUA